CGGCCCCUCGGCGCUGCCGCCAGACGGCGGCGGGCCCGGCUCGGCGCUGCUGGGAGCGCAUCCCGCCCGCUCCGCUCCGCUCCGCCCCGGCACCGCGGCCAUGACCGACAACAUCCCGCUGCAGCCCGUCCGCCAGAAGAAGCGCAUGGACAGCAAGCACCGCGGCGGGUGUUGUGAGUGCUUAAGAUGCUGUGGGAGGAGAGACCCGAGGCCUCGCACUGUUUGGCUUGGCCACCCCGAGAAGAGAGACCAGAGAUACCCUCGCAAUGUGAUCAACAAUCAGAAAUACAACUUUUUCACAUUUCUCCCUGGGGUAUUGUUUAACCAGUUCAAAUACUUCUUCAACCUUUAUUUCUUGCUUUUGGCCUGCUCUCAGUUCGUCGUUGAGAUGAGGCUUGGUGCACUUUACACGUACUGGGUUCCUCUGGGGUUUGUGCUGGCUGUGACGGUGAUCCGGGAGGCGGCGGAGGAGAUCCGAUGUUACAUGCGGGACAAGGAAGUGAACUCGCAGAUCUACAGCAAGCUCACAGCCAGAGGGACUGUGAAGGUGAAGAGCUCUAAUAUACAAGUGGGUGACCUCAUCAUUGUUGAAAAGAACCAGCGGGUCCCUGCUGACAUGAUCUUCCUGAGGACGUCAGAGAAGAAUGGGUCCUGCUUCCUUCGCACCGACCAGCUGGAUGGGGAGACAGACUGGAAACUGCGGCUGCCCGUCACCUGCACCCAGAGACUGCCGACUGCUUCUGACCUGCUGCAAAUCCGAUCCUAUGUAUAUGCAGAGGAGCCCAAUAUUGACAUCCACAACUUCGUGGGCACCUUCACAAGGGAGGACAGUGACCCUCCAGUAAAUGAAAGUUUGAGCAUAGAAAACACCCUGUGGGCCAGCACAGUGAUUGCAUCAGGUACUGUGGUGGGAGUUGUCCUCUACACUGGAAGGGAACUGCGCAGUGUGAUGAAUACUUCAAACCCAAGAAGUAAGAUUGGUCUCUUUGAUUUGGAGGUGAAUUGUCUCACCAAGAUCCUGUUUGGGGCUCUCGUGGUGGUCUCCCUGGUCAUGGUGGCCCUCCAGCAUUUCGCUGGCCGUUGGUAUCUUCAGAUCAUAAGGUUUCUCCUCCUGUUCUCAAACAUCAUUCCCAUUAGUUUACGUGUGAAUCUGGACAUGGGGAAAAUUGUCUACAGCUGGGUGAUCCGCCGAGAUUCCAAAAUCCCUGGCACUGUGGUUCGAUCCAGCACUAUUCCUGAGCAGUUGGGCAGGAUAUCCUAUUUGCUUACAGACAAAACAGGAACUCUGACACAGAACGAGAUGGUCUUCAAGAGACUGCACCUGGGGACGGUGGCGUACGGGCUGGACUCCAUGGAUGAAGUGCAGAGCCACAUAUUCAGCAUAUACACCCAGCAAUCCCAGGACCCCCCUGCAGUGAAGGGCCUCACCUUGGCCACGAAGGUGCGUAAGACGAUGAGCAGCCGCGUGCACGAGGCGGUGAAGGCCAUCGCCCUGUGCCACAACGUGACCCCCGUGUACGAGUCCAACGGGGUCACGGACCAGGCAGAGGCUGAGAGACACUACGAGGACUCCUGCAGGGUGUACCAGGCCUCCAGCCCUGAUGAGGUGGCCCUGGUACAGUGGACUGAGAGCGUGGGCUUGACGCUGGUGGGCAGAGACCAGUCCUCCGUGCAGCUGAGGACCCCGGGCGGCCACAUCCUGAACUUCACCAUCCUCCAGAUCUUCCCCUUCACCUACGAGAGCAAGCGCAUGGGCAUCAUCGUCCGGGAUGAAUCUACAGGAGAGAUCACCUUCUAUAUGAAGGGGGCGGAUGUGGUGAUGGCUGGAAUUGUGCAGUACAACGACUGGCUGGAAGAGGAGUGUGGUAACAUGGCUCGGGAAGGCCUGAGGGUUCUUGUCGUAGCCAAGAAGUCUCUGACAGAAGAGCAGUAUCAGGACUUUGAAGCCAGGUACAUCCAGGCAAAGCUGAGCGUGCACGACCGAUCCCUGAAGGUGGCCACGGUCAUCGAGAGCCUGGAGAUGGAGAUGGAGCUGCUGUGUCUCACCGGGGUGGAGGAUCAGCUGCAGGCCGAUGUCAGACCCACGCUGGAGACGCUGAGAAAUGCUGGCAUUAAGGUGUGGAUGCUGACAGGGGAUAAGUUAGAGACAGCCACGUGUACAGCCAAGAACGCACAUUUGGUGACACGGACACAGGACAUCCAUAUAUUCAGACUAGUGACCAACCGUGGGGAAGCCCACCUGGAGCUGAACGCCUUCCGCAGGAAACACGACUGCGCCCUCGUGAUCUCAGGGGACUCCCUGGAGGUGUGUCUGAAGUACUACGAGUACGAGUUCAUGGAGCUGGCGUGCCAGUGCCCCGCCGUCGUGUGCUGCCGCUGCGCCCCGACACAGAAAGCCCAGAUCGUGCGGCUGCUCCAGGAGAGGACUGGAAAACUCACCUGUGCAGUAGGUGAUGGAGGGAAUGAUGUUAGCAUGAUUCAGGAGGCUGACUGUGGCGUUGGAGUUGAAGGAAAGGAAGGAAAGCAGGCAUCACUCGCAGCCGAUUUCUCCAUCACUCAGUUUAAACAUCUGGGUCGUUUGCUGAUGGUGCACGGAAGGAACAGCUACAAGAGGUCUGCAGCCCUCAGUCAGUUUGUGAUCCACAGGAGCCUGUGCAUCAGCACAAUGCAGGCUGUUUUCUCAUCAGUAUUUUACUUUGCUUCGGUUCCUCUCUACCAAGGCUUCCUCAUCAUUGGGUACUCCACAAUUUACACAAUGUUUCCAGUGUUUUCUCUUGUCCUGGACAAGGAUGUUAAAUCUGAAGUUGCAAUGUUGUACCCAGAGCUCUACAAAGAUCUUCUUAAGGGACGACCGUUGUCAUACAAAACGUUUUUAAUAUGGGUAUUAAUAAGCAUCUAUCAAGGUAGCAUCAUCAUGUAUGGAGCACUGCUCCUCUUUGAAUCCGAGUUUGUCCACAUUGUUGCCAUUUCCUUCACGUCCUUGAUCCUCACCGAGUUACUGAUGGUGGCCCUGACGAUCCAGACGUGGCACUGGCUCAUGAUAGUGGCUGAGCUGCUCAGUCUCUCCUGCUACAUUGCUUCCCUGGUCUUCUUACACGAGUUUAUUGAUGUUUACUUCAUUGCGACUUUGUCGUUCUUGUGGAAGGUCACCGUCAUCACUCUGGUGAGCUGCCUUCCCCUCUACGUCCUCAAGUACCUGAGGCGAAGGUUUUCUCCCCCAAGCUACUCGAAGCUCACGUCCUAGGGCUGCUCUCCCUGCACACCAGAGACAGACAUUGCCCAUGGCUGAGAGACAAAACCCUGUAGUUGUUCCUAUAACGAGCACAUCCGAUAUUUGCAUCUGGAUCGUGUGGUGAUCUCUGUUACCUGCUGCUUUAUUGAAAAAGACUCCACAACUGCCGCCAACAGAAAGCUGACAAUAAAAGGGAGUGUUCUGAGAGUGGAGGCACUUGUUAGUUCAUCCAGUUCUUGUCACUUUUGUUCCACUUAGCUGGGGUCAAAUGCAUGUAACUGAGAUGGCGAUGGGUUUCUCUUGCAUGGUUAAAAAGUCUGUGAAAGCUGCUACCUGACCUUGGGAUUUACAUUUGACAAUUUUUAAGUGACUUUUUUUUAAAGUGUCUGUGCUGUUCUUUGCAUUGUGUUAUGUUGUUUUAUAUUGUUUGUCUUUUUCAUUUAAGCAGUUACAUUCUUCUUACAUCUUGGAAAUCCCUUAAUGUAGGUGAUGCACUGUACUGCUGACAGCUGAUCCCUGAUUUAUGGCAUGCUGUUUCCAGAACGGGGCUCCAGCAUGUCGGAUCUACACACACAUGAGAAUCUGAGCCUGGUUGAGAUUUUCCUUCAGUUGAAAUGUGGUCACCCCAGUGAUUUUGGAGGUAUCCAACCAUUGAUAAAUGAUAGUCCAAAAUGAGGAAACUCAGUUCUGUUUAGCUUUUGUGCUUCCUGUUAAAAGGAGCUGGUGACAUAAUAGCUUUACUCUGUAUUUAUUUGUGUAGGAGAAAAUUAUCUAAACUAAAGCAAAUCCUCUCUGGAACAGAAAUUUGCAGUUGAUCAUACUUGAAAUGUGUCGACAACGUGAAAAGAGACUCGUACUGUUCUGCAGACAAUGUGGCAGACGUGUCUUGAAUCCCUGGAGACUGAAAGGAGAGGUCACAGAGCUGCUACUCCUCACAGCUACACAAAAUCUGUUUCCUGUUAGGGUGAAACUGUGAGGAUGAGCUGCAAAUAAGCUGAGGCACUUCUAGGUGGAUGUUGUUAAUGACACACUCCCUGCAGAGAGGCAGCUUUUGGAACCCUGCACUUGCUUUGCUCUGAAACUUGAAUCACAGGAGUGGGUUCAUGCAAAGGCGUUGGGCUCGUGUGCAGAGCAAAUUCAUGUAUUUUUAAUUUUCAAAAAUUAAACUCAAUGGGUUCUGGUGUUAUGAUUAACUUUGGCCCACAUUAUAAUACCAUGAGGAGAGCAACACAUGCUCAGGCUUCUCAGGAGAAGGACAGAGGGUUACAAGAACCUUUUAGGGUUGUGUUUAUGCAUCAAACAUGGAUGAGCUUUUAGUGGCAUCCAUCCUCAUCUAAAGGCUGUUUAGUCUGGGCUAAAUUAGUUGCUUGCUGUCUUGUUCCCACAUCAUAAAAGCCAUGGUUGGAGCUGGCACUGCUUGGCGCCGUUGGGAGUUGGCUGCAUAGGAGAGGCAGAGCCCAGAGCUGAGCUCCCUUCUCCAAUCUCAAGGCACAGCCCAGAGGUCUCACUUCUCCAGUCACAAGGAAACCCUUCCAGGUCAGGGCCACCGUGUUGCUGUGCCAUGUUGAACCUCUUUAAAGGGCUGCCAGCUUCUGCUGCCAUUGCUACAGGCAUUCACUGUCUCAAGCUGCACAGUGCUGCAUUAAAAGGUCUGAUGUGAAAAUUGGUGGAAAAUGGGAAUGUUGUUCUAAAAGAGUCUGUGUUGGCCCAUUGUGGUGGUGUCUCGAAUUUUCAGAUCUAAGAUAGCUGUGGCUUGUGUGGCUGACGUGUGGCAGUUGCUCCAGGGAAUGUUUUGCACAACCUGAGCUGCCUUCCUUGCUCUUAGUUCCUGUGAAUAAAUAUCAAAGGGGAGGGGAAGCAAGUUCCAGAAGUUUUAGAGAGAAAUUGGAUGUGCUUUGUAGUGCACGUGGCUUGGGUUGAGAGGAAAGUGCAAGUCUGUAUGAGUUUGUUGUUUCAUGUGGGGAAACCCUCUUGAUUUAGAAAAUUAGGUUUCAAAAUCCUUCAGGAAUAAGGACAGAGAACACUUUUAACUCACUGAUUUUUCUUGUGUGCCAGUCUUCCAGUUAGGCUCUGGUCUGAAGUCCUUAUAGAUAGCAACUUCAGAAACACCCAGCUGGCCAAGGACAGCUAAUUCUUGGUAUUCACCUUCUCAUAAUAUUUUGAAAAUUUGCCUUUUUCCAUCUCUUCUGAUAUUUUUCCCCUAAAAGUAGUAAUAGUAUACAUUUCUACUUAUUUGAUUCUCAAGUUCAUGUUGAGAAAAGCCCUGGAAGUCCAGUAUUCCCAGUGAUUUGUGUUGUGGAGGAAAAGCCUUUUGUGAAUUAUGUCACUUGCCAAAAAGAUCCUUAACAUUGUCUUUAUCAUGACAUGCUACAGCUCCUGGGUAAUGUCAGCCCUGCUGCUGUUCUGGAGUCCUCAGGCAGCAUUUCAUAGAAUCACAAAAUCACACAAUGCUUUGGGCUGGGAGGGACCUUAAAGCUCAUCCAGUUCCACCCCCUGCCAUGGGCAGGGACACCUUCCACUAGCCCAGGUUGCUCCAAGCCCCGUCCAACCUGACCUUGGACACUUCCAGGGAUGGGGCAGCCACAGCUUCUCUGGGCAACCUGUGCCAGGGCCUCCCCACCCUCACAGACAACAAUUUCUUCCUAAUAUCCAGACAAAUUUAAGUAGGUUUAAGUACAAGAACGAAGGAUUUCUUUUGGCCUGAUUUUGUGACUGAGCAGUCCAGUCCCUCUGGCUGUUGGUGAACACCCUCAGCACCCGUCCGUGUCGAGCCCAGUCCCUUCUCAUGUGUGUUAGUGGUUAAAUGUCCUGCAGCAACAACAGUGCCAUGCUACUGUGUAAAUAUUUGAGAUGUGUAUAUGGUAGAAUUCACUGUUUCCUGAAGUCAAUACAGUUUACACUGAGUGGACCAUAUUUGCAAACUAUUAGCUCACACCAAGAAAGGGAGUGAACUGUGAUUUCAUUUAUAUUUAUUGAAUCAUAACUUUAAUAACACACAUUUAGUGGAAUUGAUAAUGAUCCAUAGCUGUAUUUUGGGGUGCAGAUUAUGUUCCUUUGCAGCUAGUGUUUUUGCACAAGAUUGUAAAUCCAGGAAGUAAUUGCUGUCUGGAUACACACUGAAUUUUUAAAAGCAAUCAGAAAACUAAAACUGCCAUCUAACAAACAGCAGGAAAGAGGAAUGCUUCUAUUUUUCAAGUUUAGCACUUUAUGUUUGCAAUCUAUUUCUCUUAAGUUAUUUAAAAAAUGUUUUUAAAAGUAAAGUUUAAUACGUAUGUUCAUAUUUACUGUACAUUGGAAUAAAUUGAUUCUCUGCUGGAAAUUUAAUCUUUUCCUCUAGUAGGCUCAUAAUUUGUACUUUUUGGGAGUGAAGCAUUGUUUUCUUCUGUAUAGUAUCUGUUCUGUAGCCUUAGUGUUCUUACUAUUCCUUUAUUUGUCUGGUUUAUGUACUGUAGCAGUUCAUAUCUAACUUUUGUGCUUUGGGACUGUGCUCCAGGUGAUGCUGUAGGGUUGGGUGUGUGUCUCACCAUCUGCUCCUGCUUCCCACGGCUCCAGGUGAUGCUGUAGGGUUGGGUGUGUGUCCCACCUUGUGCUCUGUGCUGAGCUGCUGUGGUGGUGAGUUAAUGUGUAGGUUUUGUGACACAAACUGUUCUCUCCUUGCUUUUCUGCAAUAAUUCCACAGGUGUCACAACCCUCUUCAUCCCUUUUUUUCCCCUUUGUCUCUGGAUGUGUUUCCUCCAUAGAGCUGGUCCUGUUCCUCUGUGCAGACAUUCAUUUCGCUCAGCUCAUGGUGCAGUGGAAAUGCAACGUUCUUUGUUCAACAGCAGCAGCUUAAAUCUGUGCAGGCUCUUAUCAGAACUGGGCUGAGGAGCGAUGAGUGACAUCCCUGGUGUCCCCUUGGGGUUGAGAACGGUGUGCUGAGAGCUAUAGCUGUGGUGGGGCCAAACUGAGCAGCACCAAGAGUGUUUCUCUGUGGUCUCCUGAGCUCUCACAGUGAAACGCUGGGACAGCCUCUCUCGUCCUCUGUAGCUGCUGGAGGGAGUUUUGCUGUAGUUGAGCUGGGUUUGUCAGGGAGCCCCAGAGAGCCAGGGGUGUGAAUCCCUAAAGCUGCUCUUUUGGCUUUAUCUGUUGAAGAAAGCUGCUGCAGCCUCUGAUGCAUCAUAAAUCCUUGCUUUGCAAAGUAGUGCCCUGAACCAGGGAUGUGAGCUCACCGUCCCGAGGUCUGUGCAGGGAAUGUUCCCGUGGGAUUGGGUUCAUCUCCACAAUUGCUGGGGCCAGUCCAGUGCCCACUUCAGCGUGAGCUGGAUGGGCUCUUUUAUUUAUUAUUAGUUAUUUAUAAGUAUUAUACUUAUUAUAUACUUAUUUCAUAAGUAUUAAACUAUGAUUUGCAUGAGAUCCUGGGUUUCACAGCUUUGCCAAUAUGGUCCAUUACUACUGCCUACAACAACUUGUGUACUUAUAUGCCUUUGAGAACAUUUUUAAUUGUUAAAAUUGUUUAAAAAAUCAAUGUUAAGUUAAUUUAAUUUUUAAUGGGGAAAUGGAUUCUGGUGUCAAAAUGGUAUUUACUGUGAUGCCGAUGUUUUGUACCUGUCAUCUAGUUAAACAACGUGUAAAUACUCUUGAGUCAAGAGAAAUAUGAAUGCCAAUUAUUUAUUGUUCUGUGGAGUUAUAUGUUGCAGAUGUGUAAGAACUUAAAAGGGAAUGUUGUAAAACAAGGUGGAAAAAUAAAUUUUAUGCAACUUCUUUACUUCA